UCCAGAGAACGAGGCGGCACGCCAGCCGGCCCCGCUACUACUGUACCACACUCCAUCUCUACUGGAGUACUGCCCGGAUGGGCUUUGUCGCUGGGCUUUGAACACGCUAGCUUAGUAGCUAGACCAACGUGCUCGGGCCCCUGGCGAGCUCUUCCUUCCGUCAACGCUGCCGUACGCUGACCCUAGCCUAGUGAGUAGUGUAGCGCAGCACGAUGGCGUUUUUCAGUAGGAAGCAGCGGACAGCGACGCCGUCGACUCCGACCGGUAGCGCAGCGACGGCGUCUCCGAAAGCAGCAGCAGCAGCUGUUCCGCCAUCGCCAGCAUCAUCAAUAGGUGGGCAUAUGUGGCGCAUGGACACUCUGGAACGCAUACGGAUUCGGAAAGCUGCGCCGGACGAAUCGCCAACUAGCUCUGCGCCAACGCAGACAGCUUCAGGGAACGGCGCAAGUGCAGAGGCGGCGCCAGCAACAAUAGCGAAAACAACGCCAACAGCAGCAGCAGCAACGAGGCGAGCUCCGGUCAGCAGCGGAGAUGAAGUGACAGUGACAGUAACGGCAGCGGGGCAGACGGCUGACACGGAGAUGCCACGCACCCCCACCGCAGCACCGCUAUCCUCGCCGCUGGCGAUCGACGGCAGCCCGAAGGUACGUCCGCGCCGCCUCGGAUUCGCCCAGGGCCCGCUCAGAGCCAACCACGACAUCGGCAGCUCGCCAUCAAAGCCACUGAACGCAUCUCAGGCAGCCACCAGUAGUAGUAGCGGCAGUGGCAGUGGUGGUGGUACUGGUAAUGCCGCGGUUAGUGUCAGCGUCACAGCGCCCGUUGCAAGCAGUGCAGCCGACUCGUCGCCGUCGCCCAUUGCACGCGACAUGGCAGGCGGCGCACGGCCGCCGGGGAGUCCGAUGUCGCGGCAGCCUGUUCCAGUGACAACGCCAAUCUCGAAUAGGGCAGCUGCAGGAGGCAUGGGCAAUGCUAGUAGUGAUGCGGCCAAGUUAGAAACACAACCACCGGUCCCAAGAAGACCAAAGCAUAUCACGCCGAGGCGUGAAAAGGCGACCACACCGUCCACGCCCGGGAGUAGGACCAACCACGACAACACUGCCACCACAGCCACUCUCGGCAUCGCCGGCAGCGCUACUAACGACAGCAGCAGCAGUAGCAACGGUGGCGGAGGCAGCAGCAAUGCCAGCAGUCGUCGCAGCAGCCAGCUGAGCGCCGGAAUACCGGAGGGCGCAGUCAGCGGCAGUUGCAGUGACGUCAGUGAGAGAUCGCGUCGAUCGGCCGGCUACGAGCUUGAUGACUACACCAGUAUAGCUGCGCAACACCGCUUCCUGUCCAUGAACGACUUGGAUAUGAUGAUGUCUCCGGCAAGUCAUAGUUCGGAUUACGGCUUCACACCGACUGGAAACCUUCAAACACCAACGCUGGCAACACCUGACCUUCCCUCGGUGUCUGAUCUGCCACAGACUGAGCCCAUGCCAUCAAGAAACAAGAAGCUCCGUGCAAUGCUGAAAACGUUUGGAAUGCGCAAGAGCGUGUCCAGUGAAGGCAUCGAGGCCGGCCCGUCGCAGAAGGAUACUCCAGUGAUGCAUGCUCAACGUUUUGCCUCAGGUAAACUGAUGCAAGAUUCUCUGUACCCUGACAACAGUGGCGGGGGCAGCAGCAGUGCCAAACCAACACCUUACAAGAAGCUCAACAAAACCUGGAAGAGACUGCUGCCGACGUCGAAGAAGAAACUGUUCGACAGUCCCGACACUCGUUCACCGGUUGUGGCUUCAGCGUUUUCUGGCCCGGUUUCUGGGUCAUCAGCCAACCAUCUUACACCUAACAAACUACCGGUUUCACGAGCCAUGUCACACAAUUCAAUGGUGUCCACCAGCGGAGGAAGGCCACAAGAGCGCGUAAAGACGUCGUCUCCCAAGGACAACGACGACGACGACGACCCCAACGGCAGUAAUGGCUCCACUCCCACGCCGACUAACUCGCCAGAAAUGCAGCGGCGGAUGGGACGACCGCCACCGCCAAACCGCAGUGGUGCAGUCAUGGCAAGUCCGAAAUUGACACCGUUUGCUCUGUCGCCGAUGAAGCCAAGACGAGCGCAGGUGAACUGCAUCGAGGACAUGUUCAGCGCCAUUGAAACCCAGGACUUCUACCAAGUGGAGGAGCUGCUGAAGGUACCAGGUCUGGAUAUCAACAGUACAAACACCGAUGAUCACACGCCGCUGGAUGUGGCGGUCAUGAUCGACGCCAUCUCCAUUGCCAAGUUACUGAUGCUGCACGGUGCGCGCGAGAACGAGAUGUACCUUCGUAACCGGUAUAUCCGCAGUGUUCGUCUGACCACCUUGCUCAACGAAGCCCUGGAGGAGGUAGAGAAACUCAGCUAUCAGCUACAUGGCUUCGGAGCAGCGCCGACCAUGAGCUCGACUGCCUUGUAUUCCUCACCGAAAAUAAAGGAGGUUGAAGAUCAGCUUCACGAACGCGAGCACAAGAGUCAAGUGCUGAAGCUGAUGCUGUCCACAUACGACAAUGCCAAGCUGCCCGGUCCGCCGUCCAAGGUCACCGUGUCCGUGUUCUCACCCAGCGCAUUGCGUGUCAGCUUCGAUGAGCCGCUGCAGAGCAAUGGAGCAGUGGUGACACGCUACAAAGUGCAGUGGAGCGUGAAUGCCAACAUGGCCGGAUGUAGUGAGAAGGUGGUGACUGACCUGAGAGAGAUGCGAUACAUCAUUGAUGACUUGACUGAGGGUACGCCGUACUACGUGUGCGUGCAAGCGUUCAACAUGCAGGGCUAUGGCCCGGCGCAGGCAUCUUCUCCAGCACAGGCAGUACCGUCAGGCUGGAAGUCGGCCAUGGACGGAGCGGCAGUCGUGGACCGUCUUGGCGCCACCGUGCAGUACAAGCACACGCUGGCCAUGCUACAGGAGGCUUUGCUCAAGUCCAGCACUGCAGACUCAGCGGAACAGAAGGGUAUUCGCAAGAACUGGUUCAAGCUGUUCGGCGCACGGUUUACGCACACCCUACAGCCCAGGUGUCUGUAUCUGGCCAUGGUGUUUGUAACGGACAACGGGCGUAUCCUGUUGACGAUGGAUGGACAUUUGCCCAUAUUGCUGGUUGACGACGGCACGUGUUUCCGACCAUCACAGAGCACUGCCGACAUCCUCUGGUUCUUGAAAGUUGCCUCGUCCUGGCAAGGCAUUCACCAGCUGAAGGAGGCACUGUCGGCGGUUUCCACGGCAACCAACUCCGUGUCGCUGCGCUCGAAGCUGCUGGCCAGUGUGAUCCAGGCGCAGCUGUCUCUGAGUCACAUGACCCUGGGUCAGCUGCACCACCAGGUGUUCACAGACACCAGCGGUGUGGCUGUCAUGGCAACCGUUUUGCACGUGGAUAAAUCACACACAUCCACCGCCAGCCUGCGAUGGGUGUCCUUUCAGCGGUUCUUCCAGAAGCGGGCGGCACCGCCAGCAGAGACGGCAGUCGGCAACGGCAACUCUAGCUCUGCUAGUCUCAGUGAUAUGACUCUGCUGCCAAUAGGGACGAACCUGGUACCGGCUAGGGCGCCAGCAUCCCCUACGCCUCGGACUGGUGGUCCACUGAGGCACGUCAAUGUGUUCAAUUUCAGCCAGCCAACACCGUUGUAUUCACAGCUCAUCAGACAUCUACCCAACAUGGUGGAAUUCAGUGCUCACAGCUCGUCCCUGCCACCUCGUGGUCUCUACGUCGCUCUACUAGCUCUGCGCACUACCAUAGCAACCAUGAGCGUGUGCGUCUCACAUUCCUAUCCGGCAAUGCUGCCUCACGUCAAGAUCUCCGACAAUCCCAAUGUCUCGAAAGAUGAAUGGCGGUGGAUACAAAUGCUACUGCAAGGCAAGCAAGGGGAAGUACUGCAGGAUCGGUCGCAAGACGUUGCCGUGGCAUCGGGACGGUCCUUUCAGCAGAGACUGGCCCGCGCCGCCUCCCGCUUGUACACACAGUAUACGGGCUCGUCGGAGGACACCGAGUUCUUGAGCACACACUAUCUGUACACGGCGGAGGUAGUCCACGUCUCGCCGGACAUCAGCUACGUGCUCAUCAUCCCGUCGCUGCAGGACAUGGUACUCGCACCCGGACAGGACCACUGCUUUGAUCACAGCGGCGACGUCAUGUAUCUACCACUGCAUUACUAUGAACUAAUGUGUCAUGGCACGUUUCUGCCGGACGUCAUGCCGCACAUUUCACGGCUGGCGGCGAUGAGCGAGGUCCGAGUGGUGGCAGCGCAGCAGAAGCAGAGAGAGGCAUUCUCAAUGGAUGAGGUGCGCGCCGCUCAGUCGGAGUCCGAUCACCUCAACACCAUGUCCAAAAAACUUGACACGAUAUGGAAGGAGUUGCUCUGGAUUAACAACGUCCUGGAAGCAGGACGCUCAUCGUCGCAGAAUGUGCGAAUUGCGUUGCGUAGCUUGUACUCUAACCCAGUUGCUGGUCUGUGCAAUAUCAGCAAGUCCCUGCCUCUUGGUCACGGACAAACCCAGCAAGAUGGUGAGAGUCACACAAAGCUAGCCAACGCAAUGUCCUGGCACGCGUCCACCAACACCAAGUCCGCCACUAUAGGUGGCACCGGCCAACGCGAUGGCAGUAACAACGGGCAAACCAAUGCGGAUACGGCAAGCGGUGGAAUUAGAGCCUUGCGCUCGACGGGGGCCAAGCGACCCCUGCAACCGACACUGAGCUACGACAGUGGCGUCCCUAGCAGGGAUGAACGAGAAAGCGGAAACUCGUCCAAGGACCUCGCCAGCUGGAUAGACGUGCUAAUGGACGGCGAUGAUAGCCACCGCAACCACCACCGGGCUGGAGGUGAGCGCGGUGGUGGUAGUGCGGCCAUGAAUCCCUGGAGGCUGCGUCACGAAGACGACGAGUUGGCGGACGACCGAUACGACUCCGCGAGGACGCCGUGCAACGCCACGCCGUUCCUCGCGGACAUGUCCUCCUCUCCGUCGCGCUCGCGCUCCAGUAGUCGUGGUAGCAGCGCGACGGGAGGCGAUGCGGCACAGCUGUCUUCGGCCGACACGAGUCCCAAUGCUCCUGCUGCGGAGAAGCUCUUCCCCCGCCGACCGCCGGCCGCAGUAACAUCAGUAGCAGUGCAGGCGAUUGCCAAGGCUAGCCUGACACAUUCUCGUUCCGUACCCGUCACUCCGUCCGCCGGUACUGCAUCGUCGUCUCCGACUUCCUCCUCGCAGCAGCACAAGUCUGGGACACACCCGCCAUCGUACACUCCCUCGCCGCCGUAUCGACCGGAAAGCGCUGCACGGUCAUCAAGCGCGGACGAAACCUCUCGCUCGACGCCGCACAGGAGCGAGCACCACUCGCAUUCGCCAAUCGGUCGUCGGCUGUCUGAUCGGCGCAAGGGGCCGCGCCUCAAGCUGCCCAGUCUGCCGCGCUCGCCCGUCCUGAACAAACGCAGCCUCAACAAAACACCCUCGUCGCCGCUCCUCUCGUUCGUCUCGAGAGAAGCAAAGCAUCCGGCAUCGUCCGGCAGCACGCCACCUAAACCGUCCAGCCACGCCGACCUCAAGCAGCGCAGCGCUUACUCCCCGCGCACUCUAGACUUCUCCCCCUCCUCCGGUGCCGGUGGCAACCGCAACACCACCACCACCACCACCAGCACCACCACCACCAGCAGCAGCAGCAGCAGCAGCAGCAGCAGCACAGCAAGUACCCGUAGAGAAGAGUUAGCAAGCUGUGCACGUGGUGAUGAAAUACAGCUGUCCGUCUACCCGUACGAGGGAGCGACGGAGAGUGGAGGCAGCAGCAGUGCGGGCAUCAAGGUACAAGCCAGCCACAAUACAAUGGCCUGUGAAAUCGUCUUCCGCAUCGUUCAGAAACAGCUGGCCAAGGAGCGCAGUGGUGUCGGUGGUGGCGUUGGCAGCUCCUCGCGUUCCUCUUCCGCCGCAAGUCGGCUGAACGGCGGUGGCGGCGAUGGCUCGUGUUGGCUUUUGCCGUCACGCUAUGCACUGGCAGCGGCGGCACACGGCCAAGGACCCAGCGUACAGGAAGUGACAAACGACUUCUGCCUGCUUGCUGCUGCCGCCGUCAAUGACGAUGACGGCAGCUUGCCUCCCGAACUCCUGCCCGACAGCUACUGCCCGCUUUCCGUGGAGGCUACAACGGCAGCGUCCGGUACGCCUGCUGCUGGCCAUCGCAGUAGAAGACUUUAUAUCCGUGAGCGCACGCCAUUAGAGAAGUCUAUCCGCCAGCAGAAAUCCACGUCAGUGUAACCUGGGAAAAUACACGGAAAUUCCGAAGUGUGUGCGUGCGUGUGCAUCGGUCGUGAAACUAGCUGACUUUAGUCCCUCAUGAAACGCUUUCCCACUUUGGAAUAUGAGUGGACGAAUACUGGGGCUACAUUUCUCCCAUCGUAUUCAUGGUAACCACAACGAGGCUGUGCAAUGUGCUGGCGCAUUUUAGACGGUCUACACGUUUAGAAACUUGAAUUGAAAAUCCGACCAUUGUAAAACGAAAACUAGGAUAUUGCCUACGAUUUCCCACAACAAAACCAUGUUCAAUUUGAUAUCUUUUUUCACCACCAGAGCUCUGAGCACCUUCUUGGCCGCUCAGCUGCCCCGGAUUGUGCAGUGUAGCUGCAUCUGAUCCUAGAAAGAGAAGACCACUGGUCUAUUUCUGAUAGUAAUCUUCUGGCUCUGCUUUCGUCAGAGGGUGACAAUUAUUUCUCACUUUGUUAUCUGCCUUUUGGAGUACCCUGAUCUUAUGAGAGUCCGUGUGCGGGUUUUUGCAUUUAACAUACCGGGCUGCUAUUUGAAUCAUUUUUACUAUUUUUCUAUGCGCUGUGAGUUGCAGCAAUGAAAACAGCUCGUCCUGAUCUGUAUACUUCAUGGAUCACCGCUCUGUUGCGGAUUGCGCCCUCUUGCUUGCAUAGCUACAAGUGCUGUUUCGGUGUCGAGAAUUGUCUGCUUCUUUCCAUGCAGCACUUUCUGCUCCUCGCGUGUGGUAAUCCAAGCCACCAAGAGUACAUAACUGUUGCUGUUUUGUUUUGUUUUGUUUUGUUCGCGGCUUUAGUUUACUUCAGCAUAGCGCAUAGGCACAGGCAAUGACUAUGUAUCUGCCUUCUCACUGGGCGUAUUGCCACAGUUCUCGCAUAAUGAUGAAGAUACUGUAAUGUGAGAUACUGAAGAUACAAGUAUUGAGUUACCAUGGUUACACAAGAGAGAGUUUGGAAGCUUUGUUA